AACCCCGCCUGUCUGGCUUUCCAAUCACCGCUCUACCCAGACACUUCUCUCUGUGCGAACACUGUUCUCUGUGAACGCACUGAACCACAGCACGACUGGCAGGUGCCUGUCGGGGAACGAUGCGGUGUCAACGAAGGGCUUGUUUAAAAGGGAAGGUGAGAGGUGUUUCCAUAAAUCCUCUUACAGGACUGCAGGCAUUAUGCUGAGCCUCGUUGGAGACUUUACAUGCCGUGCGCCCGAAAACCAGAGUCAGCAUCUAACCAAUCCCUGCAGCUGCUGCCGCCGCUCGGCUAUGAGGUUCUGAAAGCCCCUUCGAUUCUGGCCUCCAAAGAUGAAACACACACUGUUUAUGUGUCGGCCUGUAUCUUCUCCAUGCUCUAUGCUUUCCUACCAAACCAUGGGGGUAGAACCGUCACCGAAAGAUAACGCGAACUCUGCCGUUGUUCCCGUUUGGAGUAGAGCGCGAGAGGGCCACUAACAUGCAUCGGCCUCAACGGAGGCGACUGCAGUGGAGUCGCGUCCUGUUCUUCAUCUCAGCUGUGCUGCUAUGCUGCCUCUACUCACUGACUCUCAGGGCCAAGCUGUCAGAGCCGCGGUCCUCCUCCUCCUCUUCCUCCUCCGAAGAGGAGGAGCAGGAGGAAGAGGUCCCCGGUCAGAGGCGGCACACACGGGAGGUAACGUCGCCCAACGUCACAGAGACGGCUACCGUCCCACCCGGGCACCUCAGGACUCCGCCUCCGCUGGUGAUCACGGUCAACCGGACGGACAUCGAACAGUGCAUCUACGUGGAGCCGGCGACGCCCGUGCCCCGGCCCACCGAACGGCCGCCGCCCGACGUCACCGUGGCAAUGAGUCCCACGCCGUCGCCAGCGCCGCCGACCUCUGACCUGCCGCCGCUCAGGAAGGGCGACUACCCCGAGGACAUGUUCUCUGUGGAGCAGAGGCAGCAGGGCUGGGUGGCCCUGCACGUCGUGGGCAUGGUGUACAUGUUUGUGGCGCUCGCCAUCGUGUGCGACGAGUUCUUCGUGCCCACGCUGGAGGUCAUCACCGACAAGCUGGAGAUCUCCGACGAUGUGGCCGGCGCCACCUUCAUGGCGGCCGGAGGCUCCGCCCCCGAGCUGUUCACCUCGCUGAUCGGCGUGUUCAUCUCCCACAGCAACGUGGGCAUCGGCACCAUCGUGGGCUCGGCCGUGUUCAACAUCCUGUUUGUGAUCGGCAUGUGUGCCAUCUUCUCGCGGGAGAUGCUGCACCUGACGUGGUGGCCGCUGUUCCGCGACGUGUCCUUCUACAUCCUGGACCUGGUGAUGCUCAUCGCCUUCUUCCUGGACAACGUGAUCAUGUGGUGGGAGAGCGCCAUGCUGGUGAUGGGCUACGUCUGCUACGUCAUCUUCAUGAAGUUCAACAGCCCCAUCGAGCGGGCCGUGAAGAGGCAGAUCAACAAGCACGUCAACACGGUGAAGGUGUGGACGGCCGAGGAGCCCACCAAGGACAGUGAACAAUCCCCCCCUCCCCCUCCUCCACCUCCACCUCCACCUGGACCUAAAGAAGUCACACCGAAGGCAGAACCCAGCCCGGUCCGAAGCCGCUCCCCCGCGGAACCCCAGGAGGGCAAGGUCCGCUUGAGGGUUCGACCCGUGCUCCAGCGAGGGGGCAGCUCAGCCUCUCUCCACAACACCUCCCUGAGGUGCACCAUCUUCCAGCUCAUGAUCCACACCCUGGACCCGCUAGGAGAAGAUGAUGAACUGGAGCCGGCCCAGACCAGUGCUCCCAGUGGUCAAGCUGGUGAGCCCUCCACCUCCCAGCAAGCUAAGACGGAGAAGAGGACUGCAGGGGGCGCCGGUGAGCAGGCGAACACAGCCAAGGAAACGGUCCCCGAGGCCGGGGAAUCCGACGGCUCCGGGGACAGUGACGGAGAGAAGUCCAGCGAGGUCGAGGACAGCAGCGAGGCCAGCGUGGGCGACGCCAACGAGGAAGAGGAGAAGGCGGAGGAGGAGAUGGAGGAGCCGUUGUCUCUGGAGUGGCCCGACACCAGACGCAAGCAGGCCACCUACCUGAUCCUGCUGCCCAUCGUCUUCCCCCUGUGGCUCACCGUGCCCGACGUCCGCAAUCCCGCAUCCAGGAAGUUCUUUGCGGUGACGUUCAUGGGCUCCAUCUUGUGGAUCGGCGUGUUCUCCUACCUGAUGGUGUGGUGGGCGCACCAGGUGGGGGAGACGGUGGGCAUCUCGGAGGAGAUCAUGGGGCUGACCAUACUGGCGGCGGGAACGUCCAUCCCGGACCUCAUCACCAGCGUGAUCGUGGCGCGGAAAGGCCUGGGCGACAUGGCCGUGUCAAGCUCCGUGGGCUCCAACAUCUUCGACAUCACCAUAGGCUUGCCCGUCCCCUGGCUUAUGUACUCGCUGUCGCACGGCAACCAGCCCAUCCAGGUGCGCUCCAACGGCCUCUUCUGCGCCAUCGUGCUGCUCUUCCUCAUGCUCCUCUUCGUCAUCAUCUCCAUCGCGGCCUGCCGCUGGAGGAUGAGCCGCGGCCUCGGCCUCACCAUGUUCGUGCUCUACUUCCUGUUCCUGGUGCUCAGCGUGAUGCUCGAGGACCGCAUCCUCACCUGCCCCGUGUCCAUCUGAGAAGCAAACCGACGCACGCGCGCGCACGUGUACACGUGUCACUUCCCGUCUGGGAGACGAUGCAGUGAAUAUGAACGUACACGGGGCGGCAUGUGGCUCGGGAGGUAGAGCGGGGUCGGCUGGUAAACCGGAAGGUUGCUGGUUCGAUGCCCGGCUCCUCCUAGCUGUCGAGUUGUCCCUGAGCAAGAAGACGCCUCACCCUAGACUUCUCCGGGCGAGCCGGCUGUCGCCCUGCGUGGUCGACGCCGCCGUCGCUGUGUGAACGUGCGCAUGAAUGGGUGAAUGUCAGGCAGUAUUGUAAAGCGCCGUGAGCGGCCACUGGUUAGAAAAGCGCUGUAUAAAUGCAGUCCACUUACAUUCGUCGUCAGCAAACAAGUCGUAUGACGGGGUGAAGACCAGGUGAGGAUGUCAGCGCGCUGACCUCAUGGGUUGAGUCAUGAACGUGCGUACAGGUGAGAGGGUAUUAGUCAGCAGAACCGGCAGAACAUAUUGGCUCAAGUUGACAUCAGCAGUUUCCCCGGGCAACCAGAUUGGGACCGCCGUCGGCUGGUACAUGCGGUUGAGUUUGACCUUGUCGCCAACCGCUUAAUCCCGUUGACAUUAGGGGGGUCCGAGUUGCAAGGGUGACCUCCACAAACAUGUUAAAACACCUCAAAAAGACAACGGUGUCGUGGUUCGUGUGUGAUUUAUUGAAUGUUCGAUAUCCCUUGGGCUGUACUUGUGUAGGACUAUCAUCCCUGGUUAAAAACAUUUAAGAUAGAACAACUAUAUUUUCCGUCUUGGCAACCAUUUUUAAAAGUUAGUGUCAGCUUGAUGGUUUAAGAAUAUUGUUUUUAUUAACUGAGUGUAGCACUCUCAAAAUAAUGGCUGAAACUUCAGUUUCAAGCCAAGAAUCGUCGUCCUUUUUUAAGCCUGCGGUCCGUGUUCGAUAGUGUUCGUCCAUGUUUAGUGUGUAAAAUGUCCAGCCAAGAACUAUGUUCUUUAUACAUAGUUCUGCAAUGUUAACAGUGUCAUGAUAAUGUGGAGGGAUUCACUGUGUGUGUGUCAGUCAUGGUAUAUCAAUCAGUGUUGAAAAAAAAAGAAAAAGGAUUUGUCUAACUCGAGUGUUUUGUUGUGAAACGUUAAUUGUGGACACAUUUAUCAGUGUGACGUGGAUGCAAAAAAAAAGACAUGUUAUUGAUUUGGUUUUUCUAUUACCGGUAUUAUCUCCCAAUUUCAUGCUGCGAUUAAAUUAUUUUUCCAGGGACAAGGUCUUGUUUUCACCUCGUUGUUAGUGAUGACAAGAGACUAUUACAGUAUAAGUUGAUUUAUUUACAGAGUUAUGAACACGACAUGGUGAAGAAUCGCACCAUGUUUAUAGGAGCUUUUCUGUUUUUCAAUCUUUCACUGUCUAAAGACGAUAAAGACUAAACUAGCUCUAUACAUUGGGACAGGUCCGACCUUCGGGUGAAACUUCUGUACAAUUGGUUCCACAUAUACACCGAAUGUGUUGCUGGAUGACAAACAACUUUUGCCAUCACAUCACAGUUGGACAACUCGGAGACCCUGUUCAGAUCAGGUCCAUUAGCAUGGCCAGGAUCAUGAGACACCUCUGUGGCAAGGAAUCCUCACCCAACCAGCUUGGUGCAACAAAGGAAGGACAACAUGUCAUAUCUGUUUUUAAAACGAGAUUAACAGUCAAAGCACGUAUUCUUUGACAACAGCCAGACCCAAAUUAAAUACAUUUUCCCUUUUAUAUACCUAGUUUGUACCCAAGACGUGAAAAGUGACCCUUUUUUCCAAAUAGCACAAACUUAGAAUUCAGGAUACACAAACAGCAUGAACAAGUUUGUUAGAGCAUCAGGGUAUAAGCCAUGUAGUACUAAAGAUUAAAAUCAAAUCGGUCGUUAAAUCUUUUGCCAAUGCAGGCUAUACCAACUUCAAAGUGAUUAAUAAUCAAUUCUGUUAAGUCAACAUCAAAAGAUGUUUUGCUAGAGUUACAACACUGAAAACUUGGUGAUGUGUAAGGAAUAUUGAUUAAAGCAGCAUACAAAUAAUCGGGACCAAAGGAAAACAAAACUUGAUAUG